AUGGAUGCAAUGAUGUAUAUAAGAGAUCAUUGUCUCAAGCAUAACAUCGCUUUCAAGAGAUCAACAGUCAUGAAAUACGCCCAUCUCUGUCAAGUUUAUAAUCAGCCACACGGAUCUUAUAUUUGCAUGGGUACACUUUCACAAAGUGUUUUAAACAGGUUAUACACGAAAGUUUCAAGGCUUUAUUCAACCAAGGUUAUGAAAGAAUUUAUUCAAUGA